CACAUGAAAAUUACAUGUAUACAUGAAACCUUACAGUCUGAAAUGUUGAUACAAAGCACGUUUUAGGGUUUCAGGCAUAGCUAACUUUUGCGAUUUCCACUAGAUUUGUGGUGCCUUGGUCGCGUCCAACAGAUCCCAAACCUCCCACAAUGACAAGCGUGUCCAGCAUCAGGUGAGUGGCCAGAGCAAGACAGCGCCCGUGGUUGAUGUGCCCCACGACCUCCCAGUUGUUCUUGUCGGGAUCGUACUUCCGAAUGGCACUGCUGUUGCAGUGCGACAUCUCCAGCCCACCGACUGAGAGCAAGCGGUUGUUGAGGCUGCAGAGGCUGUAGUGGUCUGCGUCAACUCCGGCCACUUUGCGCCAGGCGCUGUGCUGUUUACCAGUUGUAUUCUUCAACUGGCUAGCUGGGAAAGCAUAGUAGGGGGAGAGGAGUUUUGACAUGGUGGACGAGAAGACGUCUUUGGAGACUGUGCCAUGCGAAGGUGACCCAGACCCCACAAAUAUCUCCUCCCCAACAAUGGUGGCCGUCGGGCGUGUGAGGGGAAUGGGGAGGCAACCAGCAAUGCUCCACUGCUUGUUCUCAUGUCGGUACACCUCCACAGUGUUGAGACGCUCUCCGCUGCUCCCCCUUCCUCCCAUUACCACAAUGAAGUGCUCGGUGCUGGCGACAGCCAUCUCCUGACGUGGAGUGGGCAUCGGCGAAAGGAUUUCCACCCACUUCUUUUUGCUCCCCUCGGCUGCGAGGGUCAUGAGGGUGUUUGUUGGCUGGUCGCUUCCCACACUCUUCGAGCCGCCAAUUGUCGUAACAAACCCGUUUAUCACCACAAUGCUGAAGUUCACGCAGUGUGUUUUCGGGAGUGUGCCCCACUUGUCCCGCCCCAUCAGGCACUGGUAGAAGUGGAUCUUGUUGGAGCUGAAACAGGCAAAGUAGGCGGUGUUUGCGUGCGAGAUGGCCGAACCACGGGCCAUCUUCUCUGGGGAUUUAUCUCCCUUGCGAACAGUGAACCUCAUUACUUUCUCUUUAACCAAAUCCUUCGCAUCUUGCACAGCCAUGGCCAUAAUGGUUUGGGUCCUAGGCGGAGGCUGUCUGGGCGGCACAUCCCUCGUUUUAGGUGCUGCAUCCAUCGUUCUAGGAGGUGCUUCCCUCGUUUUAGGUGCCGCAUCCAUUGCUCUAGGAGGUUCUUCCUUUGUUUUAGGAUCCGCAUCCCUCGCUCUAGGAGGUGCAUCUCUCGUUUUAGGUUGUGGUGGUUGUGUGUAUCCACUAUCUUCCUCCCUUUCUUUAACCACCACCUCCUCCUCUUCCUUGUCAUAACUGAGAAAGAGGGACUCUUUGCUGCGUGGGGGUAUCGGGGGACCGUUUGGGACAUGCUCAGGGCUUGUCAUGUCGGGACUUGGAACAACUGUAUCGUCGUCCAGUUUUGCCCGCAGUGUGGAGAUGAUGUGCUGCUGUUGCUCGAUGUUCUGCUGGAGAAUGGUGAUGGUUUCGUCUCGUUGUGCCACUGCCUGGAGCGCAGCUUCUGCGUGCUUAUUGCUUGCUUCCAGGUCGUCUUUUAAUCGGGCCAUCCUCCCGUUUACCGAUCGGACUUCCUUAUCUUUCGCACUCAGCUCCCGGCUGAUCUGCUGCAGUUCUAGCUGAAGUUUUUCCCCUUCUUUCUCGAGCUCCAACUCUGCCUUCGUGUUUCUCCGGACUAACUCCUUCUGUGGUGGUGCUAUCGGCUUCUGCUUGCUCUUGGUGUAAGCUGACGACUGAAUGAGAUCGUCCAUUUGCACACACAAGUCAUCGGCAGUCGGUCGACUCUUCUCGUUAUAGUGGAGGCACUUGAUGGCAAGUUCCAGCAACGGGUGGUUCGGAUCAACCAAGUCGAUUUGCGACUUCCUCCGUUUGUGUUCAGGAAUCACCUCGUGGAUUAUCCUACCGUUGCUCUCCUCCACAGUGUUGAACUGGGGCCCAGGGUUCGGAAAGAGCCGCGUCAUAAUCUGGAUAGCUAGCACUCCCCACGAAAAGAUGUCCAGCUUGGUGCUGUACUGCGGUGGCUGGCGGAGAGCUUCGGGCGACAUGUAGAGCGCGUUCCCCGGGCACAGGCUGAGCGGCGUGAAGCGGGGGCUGACGCUUAUGAGCUUGGACAUGCCGAAAUCUGUUACCUUUGCUCGGCACCCGGCGAUUAGUAGGACGUUGUUGCUGGUGAGAUCGCGGUGAAUGACGCCGUUCAUGUGCAGGUAGCUGAGGGCCUGUGCGAUGUCGUUGCUGAGGUCGAGUUCCACGUGGUAGGGGGGAGGGUGGUCCUUGGAUCGGUCCAGGAACUUGCUGAGGCUCUCGUCGCACAGCUCCAUGAGGAGAACGGGGAAUCGGGUCUGCGGGUCUAUAUAGGUGUGGAUGUACUGCACGAUGUUGGGGUGCUUGGCGGCGCUGUUGAGAUUGCACUCCUGCCGAAACUUGGUGAGCAAGAGGUUGGAGGAAGGGUCGUAAAACUGGAAUAGGGCGUUGUGCAUGAUCUUGGCGGCGCACACCAGCUGAUCGCAUUUUGCUCUGCACACUAUGCCGUACGAUCCCGUCCCCAGCGUCUGCUCUUUGUAGAGCGUCACUUUCUUGUAGCUGAACUCCUGGCCGUCUCCCGACAUGUCGCUAGGUCUUGCAACACGUAACAAACACACUCUUAGUUCGAUGCUUUAGCUCAAGUAUAUACUGUGCCAGCCUGCCCCGCAAGACGUUUACGCAACGCAACUAAACACGCGCCGCGUCAGCAAUGCGCAAGGGCACACCUCAAAUGUAUCACAAGCCAUGCCUUCUCUUUAUCAUGACCCGAUUAUCUCCCGCACAAUAGUCUCUAACGA